AUGGAACCUGUCGUUAGUACUGAUCCAGCUAGCUGUAACACUCAAGCUUCUGAUACAUUUGCUUCUACUGUUCCAUUGAAUGCCAAUCCAGCGAUGUUUUCUACUGUGCAGAGUGAAAAACAGAGUCUUCUAUAUGAAGGUGUUUCUACAGUUCCUCUGAAUGUUCUUCCGGAUUUUAGUACUGAUUCAGCUAGCUGUAACAUUCAAGCUUCUGAUACAUUUGCUUCUACUGUUCCAUUGAAUGCCAAUCCAGUGAUUCUUUCUACUGUGCAGAGUGAAAAACAGAGUCUUCUAUAUGAAGGUGUUUCUACAGUUCCUCUGAAUGCUCUUCCGGAUUUUAGCCCUGUCCAUAUUGGACUUUCACCAAACACGAGAGUAGCUGGCGAUAUUAAGGUGAAUAGCUAUUUUAAGACAAAGAGAGAGUUGAUGUUGAGGAUGAAGAAAUGGGCUUUAGAGUGGAAGUUUGAGUACAAGACUGUCUCUUCUAACAAGUCAAGAGUGCUUUUGAGUUGUGUUGAUGAAAAUUGCACGUGGAGGAUGCGUGCUAUCAAGCUACCUGUUUCAGAUUUUUUCGUUGUUAAAAAGUAUGUUCAUGAGCAUACAUGCGAUACAACACACAGGAAAGCCAACCACAGACAAGCAUCUGCAAAGUUGUUGGGUUCUUUGAUUUCCAGCAAUUAUGGAGAAAAAAAGGAAGGUCUCAAACCGAAACAGAUCAUUGAACAGGUCAGGAUGCUGCAUGGUGUUCACAUCAAUUACAAACAAGCUUGGAGAGUGAGAGAAGAAGCUCAGAUUUUGGUUAGAGGGACUCCUGAAGACAGCUAUUACAAUUUGUCUAGGUGGUUGUAUAAAAUCACAGAAACAAACCCUGGUUCCUUGACUUAUCAACAUGUUGAUGCUGCAGGAAAGUUCAAGUAUGCAUUUGUGGCUUUUGGUCCAUCGAUAAGGGGAUUCUCAUUGAUGAGGAGAGUUAUUGCAGUAGAUGGUACAUUUCUGAAGGGAAAAUUCAAUGGGACUUUAUUGGCAGCUUGUGCUCAAGAUGGGAAUUAUCAUCUAUAUCCUCUCGCCUUUGCAGUGGUUGACGCAGAAAACGGCGCCUCUUGGAAAUGGUUCUUUAGAGGUUUGAGCCAGAAGAUCCCGGACGCUUCGGAUCUUGUUUUUGUAUCAGACAGGGCUAACUCCAUUUCUUCAGCGUUGGAGGAUGUAUAUCCCUUAUCUCACCAUGGAAUUUGCAGGAUCCAUCUGCUCCGCAACAUCACUCCUACAUAUGCGAAGACUGGGUUGCUACCUCUGGUGGAAAGCGCUGCUGAUGCCUAUACGUGUCACGAGUUCUGGUUAAUCUUCAAGGACAUAAAGGAUAAAUGUCCUGAAUUGGCUAAGUAUCUGGAAGAGUCUGAUUUUAGGAAGUGGGCACGAAGCUAUGCGCCUGCGAACAGGUAUAAUAUCAUGACUACCAACAUUGCAGAGUCUCUCAAUUCUAUGUUGAAGAUGCCUCGUGAGUUGCCCAUUAUCUCUCUCCUUGAAACUAUCAGAUUGACGAUGACCACUUGGUUUUUUGAGCGACGCGAAGCGGCUGCGAAACAUAAGCACCUGGUUACUCCAAAAGUUGUGCAGAAAUUGGUAUCUAGGUUAGGGGCCGCAAUGUUGUUGAAUGUGUAUCAAGUUGAUCGAAGCGAGUUUGAGGUGAAGAAUGAAACAAUGAAGUUUGUUGUUGACUUGGAGAAGCGGCAUUGCACAUGUAAUGUUUUCGACAUUGACAAGAUCCCCUGCAUCCAUGCCAUCGCUGCUGCUAAGCAUAUCAAGAGAGAUGAAAACCGUUUUGUUGAUGCUUCUCACUUGACAGAAACGUGGGCUAAAGCUUAUGCUGAAAGCAUACAUCCUGGUGGAGAGUUGUCAACGUCCACCUAUCCAGAGAAUAUUGAUGAACUGUCUUGCCCACCUCCAGCUACCAAAAAGAAAAGUGGACGCCCUCCUACAAAGAGAAAGAGAUCCGUUGGCGAGUUUGGGGUUCCUGGAUCUAAAUCUCAGUCCCACAAGUGCAGCAGAUGUGGCACAGGAGGGCACAACAAGAUCACAUGCCAGAGGCCUAUAGGAUGA